AUGUUGAUAUCUAUCUAUAAAUCUAUCUAUCUAUCUAUCUAUCUAUCUAUCUAUCUAUCUAUCUAUGCUUGUCCCUUCCUUUCUUCCUUGCUUCCUUCCUUCCUAUCUAUCUAUCUAUCUAUCUAUCUAUCUAUCUAUCUAUCUAUCUAUCUACCUAAAUGCUUUGAUUAUUUAUUUCUUUCUCGGUUCGAUCCCUGCCAAGAACACAAUUUAUUCAAUUUGACUUUCGUGGGACAGAUCGUUAGGUGUCAAUUUCAAUAUUUAAAAAAUACGGGGACAUUUUCUCUCUCUCUCUCUCUCUCUCUCUCUCUUUUCUCUCUUUUCUUUUCUUUCUUUAUUUUCUUUUUUUUUCUUUCUUUCCGCAUUUUUUCUUUCUUUCUUUGUUUUCGUAUUUUUUCUUUCUUUCUUUAUUUUCGUAUUUUUUCUUUUUUUAUAUUUUUCUUUUUUUCUUUCUUUUCGUAUUUUUCUUUCUUUUUUCUUUCUUUUUUAUUCGAAUUUACAGAAAACGCAACUCCAUUCUUUCACGAUAUUCAUUCUUUUUCGCUACCAGAAAAUGUCACCUCAUUCGUUCAUUUUUUUUCUCUCUCGAUCUUUACUUUAAUGCCCGUGAUGUGA